AUGUCGACCGCUGUUCCCGACCCUACCAAGGAGCCCGUCAACCAGACGGCGCUCCACCCAGCUGGUGUCCAGCCUCACGUCGAGCACACUGAGCUCGAGGAGGAAUUGCACACCCGCGCACACAUCGACUACGACCGUGUCGCCAUUAUUGCCAACCCCUCAGUCCCGACUCUCUACGAAGAUGCCCUCGUCUACGAAACCGGCUCAGCCAUCACUGCGUCCGGUGCUCUUUCCGCAUACUCAGGAGCCAAGACCGGUCGUUCGCCCUCAGACAAGCGUAUCGUCCAGGAGGAGGACUCAUCAAAAGACAUCUGGUGGGGACCGGUCAACAAGCCCAUGACCCCCGAGGUCUGGCUCAUCAACCGUGAGCGUGCCAUUGACUAUCUCAACACCCGUAACCGCAUCUACGUCAUCGAUGGUUUCGCCGGCUGGGAUGAGCGCUACCGGAUCAAGGUCCGCGUUGUCUGCGCGCGUGCCUACCACGCUCUCUUCAUGCGCAACAUGCUUAUCCGCCCUACCGCUGCUGAGUUGGAGCACUUCCACCCCGACUAUGUCAUCUACAACGCCGGUGCUUUCCCCGCCAACCGAUACACCACCGGCAUGACCUCGUCGACCUCUAUCGCCCUCAACUUCCACGAGAAGGAGAUGGUCAUCCUUGGUACCGAGUACGCAGGAGAGAUGAAGAAGGGUGUCUUCACCGUUCUCUUUUACGAAAUGCCCGUCAAGCACAACGUCUUGACCCUGCACUCUUCCGCCAACGAGGGCAAGGACGGCGACGUCACUGUCUUCUUCGGUCUCUCCGGAACUGGCAAGACCACUCUCUCUGCGGACCCCAAGCGUGCCCUCAUCGGUGAUGACGAGCACUGCUGGUCCGACACUGGUGUCUUCAACAUCGAAGGUGGUUGCUACGCCAAGACCAUUGGUCUUUCCGCCGAGAAGGAGCCCGAUAUUUACAACGCCAUCAAGUUCGGUUCCGUCCUUGAGAACGUCGUCUUCGACCCUGCCACCCGUAAGGUCGAUUACGAGGACACCACCCUCACCGAGAACACCCGUUGCGCUUACCCCAUCGAGUACAUCGAGAACACCAAGAUUCCUUGCAUCUCCAGCGGCCACCCGACCAACAUCGUCCUCCUCACCUGCGAUGCCCGUGGUGUCCUCCCGCCGAUCUCCAAGCUCAACACCGAGCAGACCAUGUUCCACUUCAUCUCCGGUUACACCUCCAAGAUGGCCGGUACCGAGCAAGGUGUCACCGAGCCUCAGGCCACCUUCUCCACCUGCUUCGCCCAGCCCUUCCUUGCCCUUCACCCCAUGCGCUACGCCCGCAUGUUGGCCGACAAGAUUGCCACCCACGGCGCCAACGCCUGGUUGCUCAACACCGGUUGGGUCGGUGCCGGUGCCGCCACUGGCGGCAAGCGUUGCCCGCUUAAAUACACCCGUGCCAUCCUCGACGCCAUCCACAGCGGCGAGUUGGCCAAGGUUGAGUACGAGAACUACCCGACCUUCAACCUUCAGGUGCCCAAGACCUGCCCUAACGUUCCCGACGAGAUCCUCAACCCCAAGACCAGCUGGACUGGCACUGCUGACUUCAAGGAUGAGGUCAGCAAGCUCGCCGAGCUCUUCAACGAGAACUUCAAGAAGUACUCGGACGAGGCGACCCCCGAGGUUAUUGCGGCCGGCCCGCAAUUGUAG